GUCUCUCUCUCACCUCUCAACCUCUUAAACCCUCGCUAAUUCAGAACAUCACGACCAGAAAACUUAACCACCACUAGACACGAUCGGACAAUAAAAGAGGAACACUUCUAUCUUUGCCACGAUAUCUCUAUCGAUCGAGAGGCCAUGGUUGCUGCAACCAUGGUUCGCGUCUCCGCUGCCACCUCCAUCUCCGCCUCCCUCCUCUUCCGAUCCCAUGACAAGUCCUCUCAACCUUCUCCCACCUCCCUCGGGAUCCUCGCCUUCGACACCGCCAAGACAAUGUCCCGCCUCAUCUCCCUCUACAGAUCCCUCACCGAUGACGAGGUUGACAACCUCCAGAAAGAGGUCCUUCGGUCAGAAGGUGUAGCCUACUUGAACUCCCGAGACGAGGCCUACCUCCUCAAACUCGCAUGUGCCGAAAGGCUGGAAGCCCUAGAUAGCGUUGCCAAUACCAUCUCUGUCAUGGGGCGGAAGUGCUCCGAUUUAGGUUUAAAUAGGUUCGACCUCGUGUAUGCUGAUCUAAAGCAAGGGUUGAUUGAUAUUGGGCGGCUCGAAUUUGCCUCCCGGAACGCUGACCGAAUUGUCGAGAAGAUGGAGAAGCUCACCUCGGCGACUGCGAGCCUGUACUCAGCCCUGGAGACACUUGCAGAGAUGGAAAAAUCAGAGCGGAAGCUCCAACAGUGGAGGAAGAAUGCACCCGCAGGCCCUACGGUAACAAACCAAUCGACCCUACAGAAGGCUAACUGUGACCUCUUUGAAAGCAAGAUUGCCUUCCAGCGGAAGCAAGUGCGGCGGUACAAGGAUGCAUCCCUUUGGAGCCAGAAAAUGGAUAAGUGUGUCGGCCUGAUGGCCAGGAUUGUGUGCGUCGUGUUUAUGCGGAUAUGUGUCGUGUUCGGAUCCUACAUGACGGAUCUCACGACCAACUCAAAAAAUGAGUGGCCUCACAAGCACAGCCCGCAAAUUAGGGGCAUCUGGGUCCACACUGAGAUGACUGGAUGGGCGAAACGGGCAGUGAGCAAUUCGGGUCCAAUGCCCAAGACCAGCGAGAAUAGGUCGGGUUCGGCAAAAAUCUAUAGCCGGAAGUUGAAAAUGAACCUCUUUGUCCCGGAAGAUACGUGUCUUCUCUCGGGGUGUGGGAGGAUGCAGAGCCGCCCGACUACAGUAUUCCACUCAGCCCCGGAGUCAACAGUUGGAGGCUCGGGACUGGCCUUACUGUAUGCUAAUGUGAUAAUUCUGGCAGAGAGAUUUUUGAACACUCCCACCAGUAUUGGGGAGGAUGCUAGGGGCUUUAUGUACGACAUGCUACCGUCAAGGCUGAGAACGAAGGUGAGGGCGAAAUUGAGGAGAAGCAAUAUCAUGGAUCAAGAUCAGGAUUAUAGUAGUAGUAGGAGUAGUAGUAGUAAUAGUGAAGAUGAUGAGGAGGAAGAGGAGAUCGAAGGGGAGGGUAGGUUGGCACAAGGUUGGAGGGACGCACUCGAGGCCAUAAUGGAGUGGCUGGCCCCGGUGGCCCAUGACACGAUGAGAUGGCAGUCGGAGCGGACCCUGGAGAAGCAGAGGUUCGACACGGGGCCGACAGUGUUGCUAGUCCAGACAUUGCAUUACUCAGAUUUGGAGAAGAUGGAGGCGGCCAUUGUGGAGGUGCUGGUGGGAUUGAGCUGCAUAUUUAGGUGUGAGAACAGGUCUUGCUUUGGCGGGAAGAUCAAUUAAUUGAUUAUCUGAUUAAAAGGUUACACAUUUUUUUGGGUAAGUUUUAAAAGGUUACAUAUUAAUUUGAUGGCUUGGCUUAACUUUUCGAAGUUAUAUAUUUGUUACAUUAUAUUAGGCUAUGUACCUCCUUUAACCUUUAUAACCGAAAAAAAAUUAUAUAUUUGCACAAUUAUUCCUUUUUUCACCCUUGUUUAGCAAUGGGAUUUGGUUCAUUAGGAGUAAUUAAUUAGUUGGAUUGAGUUUAUUUUUUAAUUGAUUAGGGAUUAACGGAUGCCUAAGUAUAACUAGUCAUCCUUUUUAAUUUCUUUGUUUCUUUUUUUCUUUUUUAUUUGUAUUAUGGUGAAAUAAUGAAGUGCUUAUGAAAAGAAGAGUUUCUUACGACAAUGGUAUGACAGAUAUUUU